UUUCCAAAACGAUUGAAGGCACGCGGUCCACGAGCACUCGGAGCAACCAGUCGAGCAGUAGACCAGAAGUGAUCCAGAAUGGCGGCGAUUUCCACUUCUUCUUCUUCUACCCUCUGUUAUGCUGCUCCGCUUGCUAAUUCAUGCGUCGGAAAGCGGGCAUCGGUCCAACUAAUUGGACCGGAUGUUGGUGGACGCGCGCUUCCUCGGAUUAAAAUCACGGCGAGACCUUCGUCGUUGUCGUCGCCACCAGUUGUGGCUGCGGCAACCAGUGCAGUUGAAGCAGAGCCGAAGACGCCAACUGCCUCUUCCUCGAAGGCGCUACCCUUUCGCGUCGGCCACGGCUUCGAUCUGCACAGGCUGGAGCCUGGGUACCCUCUGAUAAUCGGUGGAAUUAAUAUUCCUCAUGAUCGAGGCUGCGAAGCUCACUCCGAUGGCGAUGUGUUGCUGCACUGUGUAGUUGACGCGAUAUUAGGUGCACUUGGGCUUCCAGACAUUGGUCAGAUAUUUCCGGACACGGAUCCUAAAUGGAAAGGCGCACCAUCAUCUGUUUUUAUAAAAGAAGCUGUUCGUCUAAUGCACGAGGCAGGUUAUGAACUAGGAAACUUAGAUGCAACAUUGAUUCUCCAAAGACCGAAGCUGAGCCCCCACAAAGAGACUAUAAGGUCCAAUCUAUGCCUGUUGCUCGGGGCAGAUCCUUCUGUUGUAAACCUCAAAGCAAAAACUCAUGAAAAGGUCGACAGCCUUGGAGAGAAUAGGAGCAUUGCUGCCCACACAGUUGUUCUCCUCAUGCGUAAGUAAAUUAUAUCUUUAAUGUACCCUAAUUUUAAAUGAGACCGAUCACUUUUCUUGGCGGUGCACGCGAUCAAUAAAAUAUUUCGAUUUGCUAUUAA